AUGACUAAACGUUCCGCAGAAACCGAAAUUGUAAGUUCUUAGUUAGAUCGUAAUAAAUUUAUUUUCUUGACGUUUAAGAAAAGGAAAGCCGUGUGGGCCGAUGAAGAUGAUCAUAAUUCCAAAAUAGAAGUUCCUAAGUUGAGGAAAAGUAUCAAGGAUGAUUUGGUUAGACCGACAGACGAUGACACAUUAAAAUCAGAGGUAAUGAAAUUUCAACAUUGCUUCAACGUUGUUUAUAAUUUUAGGACUACACUCAAAGGUUACAAACUGCGUUCAAGAAAAGACAUGGCGGUUCUACUCCAGCCUGGGCUCAAUCUCGGAAAAGUUUGUUUGCAGCCAAUAAGUUUACAUAAAAACGAUCAUUUUACAGAAGAAGAGGAUGAAGACGAAGAAUCUGGUUUAUUGACGAAAUCCGCUGGCGAUUACAUUGAAAAAGAUUCUUUCCUACCCAAAACCACGAUUUCCACCACAUUAAUCAGGGACUUCAACAUUGCUCAUAAAUCUACGGUUGGUAAAUAAAAAUUGAGUUGAAAGAAGGGAAGAUUUAGCGUCCUAUCAACGUUGUUCGAUUCCACAAAACUCGCCCAGUGCUCAUCACGGCAGACGAAGCCGGGACAGUGCAGCUGUUCAAGGUUAUUAGCCUUCUAUAGGUUUCAAAUAAAUAUAAUUGAAGGUUGAUUCUGAAGUGAAAAAGGAUAACUUUCUCCAGUCUUCGAAAUUCACAAAGUUUCCUAUUCAUUCGAUGGAAAUUUUCGAAAAAGGUCAAUCCGUUUUGUGUUCUUCCAGUACUCAGGUGACCACUUCGUUUCAUUGACCAUUCGAGCGAACUUUUCAGGAAUACUUGAUGAGUUACAACAUGGAAAAAUCGAAAGCCGCUCAACACCGCUUGCCGAAUUGUGAGCGAAAUUUCGUCAAUUUUUAUACAAUUUGAGAUCUUCAGCCAUUCCCAAGCAGGGAAUCAAUCUUUUCUCUAUUUCACCUGACGGACAAAUUCUUGCGAUCGCCGGUCACAAUUUCCAUGUUUAUCUUCUUGCAGCAAACGUUGGUUUUUGUUUAAUAUUGUCAGGAAGAAGAACUUUAAAAAAAUAAAAAGGUUUAAGCACAAAAAUAAGGGCGAAAAAGAAUUUGAAAACAUAUUUUUCUGGUCUUUAUGAAACGUAUUCAUACUUAAGUAUCUGGAUUCGGGUUUUUUUCCUUCAUAAAAAAAAAAUGAAAAAGUUGAGAUGAUAAGGUAAUAACGUUAUUUAUAGGAGGAAGUUUAAAAUAACAAGAAAAUUGCUGUUAAUUUAUUUGCAGCCCUAAUAAUUUUUUUCAAAAAAACUUCUUUUUUUAUACUGGAAAUCUUAGGUUUCCAAGAUUCUUUUUAUAUCGAGAAGGUAUGAAUUUUCAGUCGAUGGAACACAUCAAAAACCAUUUCUUUGCCUUCAAAUGCGACGGAUUUGAAGUUUGCGCCUGGUUUUAGUCGAGAAUUAUGGGUGAUGACAGGUUAACUUUUCUUUUGAAAGUGUUUUUAAAUCUCAAUAUUCCCAAAAAAACAUCUCAUUUUAUUCGACUUUUUUUCUUUUAAGACAUAUUCAAGUUUUAGAGGUUACUGGAAAAAAAAACUAACAUCAUUGAUUUGAAGGUAUCCAACUUUUCCGAUUUAAUAUAAAGUUUAUGAGUAACCAUAUUUUUUUAAUUUUGCAUUUUCUUCAAAUAUAUGGAUUGAAAACCACUUUAUAGUUUUAUGACCUUCUGAAAACGUUCGAAAAUCUCAUAAAAGGAAUGAAUGUUUCAAGUUAUUUCGAAGGACCAGGUAUUUAGCGUUUUUAUGUAAAACUUUUUUCAAAGUUUUUCAAGGUUUCGUAAAUUUGCCGUCGAAGUUUGAGAUGGAAAUCGAAAAAUUGUUGUUUGCAGAAGACGGUCAAGUGGUGAUCGCAGACGCCCGCGGAUCUUCGCAGCACACUUUCGUCGACGACGGCGCCGUCCAUGGCACCAGAAUCGCGUUGAGCAACCACGGCGACUACGUUGCCACUGGGUCAGUCUCCAAAAGUUCUAUUUCUGUUUUUUUGCUCUUGAAUUCAAACACUUUUCAGUUCUUUCUUUAUAUUUUUAAAGUUUUUCCUGGUCUAUGAUUUCAAUCCAUUUUUAUCGUUCACAUGGAAAUCUUUUUGCAAGAAAUCUAUUUUUUCGCCUCGCGCCAAAGUUUUUUGCGGAAUUCUUCAACUUUCCUUCGAACUCCGCUUCAAGUUUUCAUUAAGUUUUUGUUUUCCAGAAAAAACUUAAGAAAUAUAAUAUAGAAACUCAAAAUUUCCCUCACUUUUUUUGAAAGACACGCUCUGUAUCAAGAGUACUUCGGCGACCUUUUUAAAAAAGGUCUCCGAAGCUUUAGAGCUUCCGAAAAAAAUAAAUGUCAGAACUGCCUGUUUUUUUACAAAAAAAUUGAUAUCAAAAGAAUUUUUUUAAACUUUGCUUGUCGUUUAUAUUUACAAGCUACCGUUUAUAUUGGAAUCGAUCGAAUAAAAACUAGAGGUUCACAGUUUUUUUAGCGUAUAUGAAAAAAAUAUGUAACCUCAAAGAUACCGGGCGUCAUGUCUUUUAUUUUAAUUUUAAAAAAACGUUGAAAUUAAAUUGCAGAAGCGACACAGGAAUCGUCAACGUCUACGACGGACUGAAGAUACGCGACGAAACGACGCCGAAGCCGUUGUUCGCCGUCGACAGCCUGACGACGGCCAUUUCUUCCGUCAGUUUUAGCAGCGACGCCCAGAUGGUCGCCAUCACCAGCAACGUCAAAGUAAUCGUCGAAUUUUCACUCUUUAACUUUCUUUUUUUUCAAAGGUUAAUCAGCUCCGCCUGGUGCAUUUGAGAAGCAAGACCGUCUUCAAGAACUUCCCUCUCCGUCACGACAAAGUUGAUCAUUAUUCCAUAAUUUGUCCAAUUUACCCCCCUUUUGAAGGUCACCUCCGCCAGAUCCACCGACUUUUCUCCUAACAGCGGCUACCUCGCCGUGGGAUGCGACGACGGCAAGCUCAACUUGUUCAGAAUAGAGUUUUUCAAAGACUAUUGA